GCCACAGGGACGCAGCCCACUCGGGUCUCGGCGCUGGGCCUGGGGCGCGAAUCACCCCGGUAUCGCACCUUGAGUGCAGAGGAGCCGGGGCCUCGCUCCGGAGGGCCCCGACGGGCGGGGGUUGGUGGCGCUCUGCUCGGGGCCCUUCGACCAGCGGCGAGCCUGUGUGCCCCGCCGCAGCGUCGCCAUGUCCUCAGUGUUCGGGAAACCCCGCGCUGGCAGCGGGCCGCAGAGCGCACCCCUCGAGGUCAACCUGGUCAUCCUGGGGCGCCGCGGGGUGGGCAAGUCCGCCCUCACUGUGAAGUUUCUGACCAGGAGGUUUAUCAGCGAAUAUGACCCCAACUUGGAGGACACCUACAGCUCCGAGGAGACCGUGGACCACCAGCCUGUCCACCUGAGGGUCAUGGACACUGCAGACCCGGACACUCCCAGGAACUGUGAGCGCUACCUGAACUGGGCCCACGCCUUCUUGGUGGUGUACAGCGUCGACAGCCGCCAGAGCUUUGAAGGCAGCAGCAGCUACCUGGAGAUGCUCGCUCUGCACGCCAAGGAGACACAGCGCAGCUACCCGGCGCUGCUUCUGGGCAACAAGUUGGACAUGGCACAGUACAGGCAGGUCACUGAGGCAGAGGGCGCGGCCUUAGCAGGCAGGUUCAAGUGCCCUUUUUUCGAGGUCUCUGCCUGCCUGGACUUCGAGCACGUGCAGCACGUCUUCCACGAGGCAGUGCGGGAGGCCCGGCGGGAGCUGGAGAAGAGCCCCCUGACCCGGUCCCUCUUCAUCACUGAGGAGAGGGCCCUGCCCCACCAGGCCCCGCUCACCGCCAGGCACGGGCUGGCCAGCUGCACCUUCAACACGCUCUCCACAGUCAGUCUGAAGGAGAUGCCUGCUGUGGCCCAGGCCAAGCUGGUCACCGUGAAGUCUUCCCGGGCCCAAAGCAAACGCAAGGCGCCAACUCUGACCCUGCUGAAGGGCUUCAAGAUCUUCUGAGGGCCCUUCCUUGGGACCCCCGGCUCGGCGCUCGGGCAGUGCUGCAGGACACAGAAUGACUUUUUGCCACUGACUUUCCCACUGAUGGAACAAUAACUAUCCCCCUGGUGGACACCUGACCCCUCCAGCAGCAAGCAGUGAGUGUCCUGACACCCAGUUCACUGAGGGAGCUGGAGGGGUAGGCUGGCAUACUGCUCAUAUUCCCUCCAAGGUCUGGUUUCCCUGGUAACCAUUGCAUUCCCUGACCUUGGAGGGAAACAGCCACUGCUGGAACCCAGAGACUGGGCGCCAGCCUUAAGAAGGAUGAAGUCACCUCUUCCCGAGUCAGCUACAGCCAGGCCAGAUGUGGCCAAAAGGGCCUGCAGAAAUGUAGCCAUAGGCCAUCUUGCCAGAGGGGCAGCCCUGAGGGCCUACAGCCCCCUGAUACAGAAUGGGUACUGCCUGACUUCACAUAAGCCCCAGACAAGGCCUGUGACCAGCAGACCUGACAGUUUAUCCAAGCAAAAUCCAAAAUAAGCCACUGGUCAGAAGCAAAGUGCCAGAGAGGCCUAUUUCCUGUACUUUGCCACGAGAUGAAGGUAAAGGGAAGGUGGCUGGAGGUGGCCCAGUGGAGGGACACUCUAGAGCUUUUCACCAGAGGCAGUGGUCCCGUAUUUCCCCACCUUAAAUUAAGGACUCAGUCUACAGACUCUUAGGACCAGCCUCCUUAAGUUAAAAGAAGAACACUGCCAACAGAGUUGUUCUCUCUGGAGAUAACUUCCCAGGACUCCAGGGAACUUAGUGUCAGAUACCCAGUGGGCACUAUUUUGUGACUACUAAUUUGUAGUCUGGUCCUGGAGGAUCCAGUACCCUUGCUACUGGGUCUGCAUGUCCAAAAUAUACUGUUGUAAGAUAGAACCUAAAGCAUUUUUGAUUCAUAAAUCAAAUUUCCACCUAAAUUAUUUGAGAUUGCCACCUCAGCCUAUACCACAACACUGUGGCUCAGAGUGAAGAUCACGUCCCUCCCUUGGGGUGCCAUGAUUAGCAAGGGAUGGAAGGUUUUUAGAGGCAGGGAGCACUACCACUUCCUAACUCUAUUUAUCACCAGGGCCUGUGGCCCAAAGGGAGUCUCUCAUGAGCCGUCAGCAGAUGAGCAAGUAAAGGAGAGAGGUCUGGUGGGAGGAAGAAGCAAGACAAGAAGGGGGUUCUGAGCCCAGAAUCCUGAGCCUUCCCCUCUCAGCAGUUGCAAGAGCUUGGAGUGAAACACAUCUUCACCCAGACUUCAGACUCAUUCUAUAGAUGGAGAGGUUGAGGCGGAGGGAAGCUGUGGAGUCCUCAAAACCACAUGAGGAAUCCUGGUCAGGCCUCCUGACCCACAGGCCAGCUGUGGAUUUUGUGCUGUUAUUUCAAGCUGCUUGUGUGAGGACCACCACCAACUGAACAAACUUGCAAUUCCAACUGCCCACUCCC